GUAUACGUAAUGAGUACUGAAACGGGAACGGAUUUGUUGCAGCAAAUAAACUAUACUCCUCCACCAACCUCAUUUGAUCUGGAGAAACGUAUCUUCAACACUGGUCCUCGUGCGUCACGCACUCUACCUACGUCUACUUCGGUUGGUUUUUUUUNUUUUUUUUGUUUUCAGUUCAUUGGUGCAACAUACAGUGGAGCAACACAACGGAAUACGACGAGUAACGGUCAGGGAACGAGGAGGGUGGAUUUGGGCGAGGUUCUGUGCUUCACCGCAUUCAAGGAAAACUUUAUGGUGAAAUUAAUAUUGCAGAUGGAAGGAAGUGGUGCAGCAGUGGGUGGUAUACAAAUAAUGAACACGGCACAACCGAUUGUUGUUACAAGUGGAGGUAUGAUGGUAGCCAGCAGCAAUAACAAUAAUCAUAAUACAAAUAACUCACCAGGACCUUCUUCUACGGCGGGAGGAAUCGGUGCUCUUAUAAGUGGUACGAGUUUGGCACCAAAUGAUUUUUCGAAUGUUAGUAGUACGGGGUCGAUAUCGGAUCGAGAACCCGAAACACCUGAAAAGGUGGCAACUGGGACUGCAACUGGGGCAGCGCCUGGAGUUGCUCGUUCGAACACGAAGAACAACUCAGAGAAGAAAUCUGUUCGCAAGCGGAAACGUGCUGCCGAGGAUGCAACCAAUAGAUGUGAACGUAAAAUCACUGAAUGCUUUCGAAACGUUGGAUCGAGUCCAAAACGCUUCUCUUCUUCAAUGCAAGCUGUGAACGGCGAUAGCUCAAGUAACGAAAAUUUUAAUUUAUCAUCAAUAUCACCAAUACCAAACAAUCGCACAACGCCAAAUCAUUUAACAGUCUACACUUCAAGUGAUUCCAAUCAGAGUCCACCACAGCAAUCAGCUCUGAAAUGUGAUUCUGAGAUACAAACGGAUGAAGUAUGGGCAGUAAACGAGGAUGCGAAAGCGGAGUUGAGUAAGAAGGACCGCAUAAUAGAGGAGAUGCAGAGGGUAAUUGAUGAUCUGAAACAGCAAGCAGUCAAAAAGGAUCGUCGUGUUGAGGCUUGCAAAGAAACGAUCAAGCGUCUGCUCAUACAACAAAGUACUAUGGAACGCAAACAGGCGAAAGCGAAAUGUAUGGAAGAUUGCCUGCGAAUAGGUCAGUUCAAGCCGACGAGGCAUCGUGAGGAAUUUCGAGAGAUGUGGUCCGAUGGAUGGGCGUUCGAAGAGGUCACGAAAGCUCAACAGAGAAUCACCAAUGAACGGAACGAAAUUCUGAAUGCGUCCCAGAAUUUAAGAAAACGAAAACCGACCGCAAAUGCAGCGAAAGACCCAUCAAAGAGGACAAAUUCUUUGUCGUCUUCGUUGAAUGUCGACGGCUCAUUACAACAGCCAUCAACAUCCUCGUCAUCUGGCUCAGCAUCAUCGAAUUCAAAUUCAGCGGCAUCUCAAAAUGAUGAUCUAUUCGCACGUCCUGAACUACCAAAAGAACUUUCUCUACAAGAGUAUAUUGAACAAGACGAAAUAUAUCGAUUACGUCGGGAACAUCUCAAGAAGGAAGAAGCUGAGUUGAUAGCCGAACGCGAUCGUUUGGAACGAGAGCGUAAUCUUCAUAUACGAGAAUUGAAACGGGUACAGUACGAAGAAGCCAGUCGUUAUAAAGAUCAUGAACUGCUCAACAAGCGUUACCUUCUGCUAUCAUUACUCGGGAAAGGUGGAUUCAGUGAGGUAUGGCGUGCAUUUGAUUUGGAUGGUAAUCGUUAUGUAGCGUGUAAAAUUCAUCAUGUCAAUAAAGAGUGGAAGGAGGACAAGAAGGUCUCACUUACAUUAUUUAUAUUUAGUCNAUUUCGUCGAAAGUGCUGUUCAUUUCAAAAAUUAACCUUUUACUACAUGUACACAUCGCCAAGACCAGGUGUCUUAUACCGCUUAACUUCAGCUGCAGCAUUUCGCUUUUUUGUUCUGAAAAGGUUGAAUUUUUGUUCUGAAAAGGUGGUAUCAGCGUUACGUUACUUAGCCGAGAAACGUCCACCAGUGAUUCAUUAUGACCUCAAACCGGCAAAUAUCUUGCUCGAAUCAGGAACUACCAGUGGUGCUAUCAAAAUCACUGAUUUUGGAUUGAGCAAGAUUAUGGAGGAUACAGACGACGCAGACUCUAUUGAGCUCACCUCUCAAGGAGCUGGCACUUAUUGGUAUUUACCACCGGAAACAUUUGUAGUUGGGCAUAAUCCGCCUAAAAUAAGUUCGAAAGUGGAUGUGUGGAGUGUGGGUGUUAUUUUCUAUCAGUGCCUAUAUGGACGAAGGCCAUUUGGUCACGAGCAAACUCAGCAGAAGAUUCUUGAGGAGAACACAAUUUUGAAGGCAACUGAAGUCAAUUUCCCUCCCAAACCGGUGGUUAGCAGUGCAGCGCAGGACUUCAUCCGUCGCUGUUUACAAUAUCGCAAGGAGGACCGUGCUGACGUCUUCGAGAUCUCUAAACACGAGCUGUUCCGUCCACGUGGACAGGUAAUAAUUACCUUUUGUGCGCAUUUCAACAGCACUAAAUCGAAUCUAGCAAAAAAAAUCGACCAGUUGAAUAAUCUUAAUUCGAUGGACGACUUCCGAAUAAUCGGAUGUUGA